ACAGUUGACAUUAAACGUUCAGAAAUUUUUUGUUUAUUAUUUGAUUGACACAAAAAUUUUAAGUUUUUAUUUCUUUUUAUUUACAAUCACAAUAAAAAUAAAAAAUACAUUUUUAAAUUUCCCGCGGAUUCUCCGUUAUUUGGUUUUACCGACUAAGUGUCACGUAAUAAAUAAUUUACUCCAUUACAAACGAAACCAAAACAUAAUUUACAACACGUGGAUCAAAAUAUAAAUUUCUGACAGAUUAUUAAUUAAUUAAAUAAAUAUUAAUUAAUUAUUUUAAAAUACAAAUAGAGAAAGAAAUAAAAAAAUGGACAAAAAAAAUUGUGAAAUGAAACGUAAAUCCGAAUCAAGUAACGAAGAGCCGCCAGACAAAAAAGCCCGAGUUGAUAUAAAAAAUAUUUUGCUGCCAUCUGAUAAUAAAGAUUUGAGUUCUCAUAGUAUUCAUAAUGCACCCGAGAGUUCAAAUUCAAACAUAUCAAAGAUUUGUUUACCUGAACUCAAUGAUGACCCAACAUCAUCGAAUGUCAAUGACAGGAUGAAUGGAGCGGAAAUAAAUGAGCCAUUAAUUGAAGAUGGCCAAGUUAAUGACUCUAGUGAUCAUGUGUCCAGUGAAAUAAAUCCUGACACAAAUAAAGAGGAUGAAAAAAAUAGUAUAGACACAGAUAUUGAGUCAGUACCAACAGUCCAUCAGUCUACGUCUAUUGAAGAAGUUGCGGGUAUACGAGUUCCUUGUGUCAAUACAGAAGAUAAAUUGAUUGAGUGCAAAAUUCUCAAUGAUACUAGUGAUAAAAAAAUAAAAUGGAAUGAUAAGAACAAUUUAACGAGUACAGAUACACUAGAUGAUUCAGCUAAAAAUAAUCAAGAUCCUCAAACGUCAACAAAUUCUUUAUUACCAAGAAAUAAAUGCAUCUAUGGAGCUGAAUGCUUUAGAACAAGUUCUGAGCACAAAGCAAAAUAUAGUCAUCCAGGUGACGCGGACUUCGAUGUCAAAGACAACAGACCCGAGUGUCAAUAUGGUACCAAAUGUUACAGAAAAAACCCAGAGCAUUUAAAAGAUUAUAAACAUACAAUAGUACGACGUAAACGGAGAGUAACUGUCGACCAGGUACAAUUGUUAAAAAAAGACAAAAAUAACGACGAUAAAGAUUCAGAUGAGUCGUCGUUCGAAGAGUCUGUCGAUGAAUCUGAGUAUGGUCCAUCAGAUUUAGACAGUUCGGAAGAUGAAAAUGAGUUUGAUGAUGACAGUGAUUGGUAAAUAUACAAAUUACUUGGUUGCUUUUACCAAAAGUAUUCAAAUAUUUUAAAUAAAGACCAAUAUUUUUGUAUGUUUAUUAAAUUUUAUAUUAAAUUUUAUUACAAAAUUAUAAUACGUUUUUAGUAAAUUAUUUAUACUGUAAUUGUGGUAUUGUUAUAAAUGUAUGUUGUAA